AAACGAUGUUGACCGGCCCUGCUCACCAUCCUCCACAGCAAGCUCGCUCAGUUCUCUCCACCUCCUCAUCAACUGCAGAAAAGUCUACAGCGUCCAAACAAGCACGCUCAAAACCGCCGUCUCUACCCAGACGACUGCUCUUUCCUCAACUUCCGGUUGAUGCCGACCUACCUCCACUCCUGCUCUCCCCGUCUGCUUCACCCGAGCUCAAUGCCGAGCUAUACGACUUCAUCGCCGUCGCAUUACGCGCAUAUGUGAAUCCAUGGUGGACCAAAUUGACACGAUAUGACAAAGAGUUCCUCCCACAGAUCACCCAUGUUCUGACCUCCGUCCUCCGCACUCUCGAGACGCGUCUGACGGCUACUGACUUUUCCCCUCUCGUAUUUCGGGACCUUCCAACACUUCUCACUCAGCAUUGUGUUGACUAUAGACAUGCACAAGCUAAAUUACAUACAUCUUACGCGUCCGGAGGCGCAGCGAGUCUUCCACAACUUUUCCACCAAAUGCAACCACAUAUGGCUGUAUCGGCCGAGGGGAAGGUAGACGAAACGUAUAUUCGGCAAGCAGUGGAUUACGUUCUCGAAGAAUGCCUUCCAGAAGAGGAUUACGAGCCUGAUCCGGAACGGUAUAUCAUCCGAGAGAUCAUUGUAAAUGUACUGCUGGGGAGUGUCGUACCAAGGUUGACCCAGCCUUGGUUCAUACACAAAACCAUUCUGGACUUCCUGGGUCCUGAAGAUGAGAAAGGCCAAGCGUCGAAGUCUUCAGACCUCGCAUCUGAGACAAAUGGACCACCUCCUCUAGAACGUCAGCGGUCAUAUCAUUUGUCUUUCCAAGCUCUCGCCAUAUUUAUCCUGUCUGCCAUUCGUUCUAUCUCCACUUUCUGCCUAGCGCUUCUACACGCAUACAGACAAGCAUUGGGAACGAUCAAGAAGGUGAAUCAAAGCAACGGUGUAUUCUCCCAUAUACCACAGACCAGGGACACACCGGAGGAAAGCCCAGAAGACCGGGUUGGUACUAUGGCGGUAAAGUCAACAUUACCUGGGACGUUGGUGCCAAUGACACCAAUGACACCUGCUAUGAUACCCUCAAGUGUUCAUUCCACAGAAUCGUCACGUACAUCUUCUAUCGUCUCAGCUUCCAUCGUGAUACCAGCUACCCACACUCCACCUCCACCCCCGAAUUACACUCAACCGAGCCUCCAGUUUUUACUCACUCUGCUAUCACCCCCACCGCCUCCUGCAUCAGCCUCAGUAACGCGACACUCAUACUCGACAUCCAUCGCGCUGACGCAUGUACUCUCGAUGAUUGCCACAUUACUCUCGCCUUUCCUAUCGCGUUUGCUCCCAUAUCUUCUCUACACUCAUAUUCUCUCGUCAUCUUCGCUUGCAUACAUGGUCAGAACCGCCCGUAGGGCGUUAUUUCCUGAAGGCUGGCCCGCUCCUCCACCUGUCGACCCCACUCCCGAAGAGCAAGCCGUGCUUAGGACCGAUGUAGAGCGGAGGCUUCAGGAUCUUGUUCCAGGUAUCUUGAAGCCUCUACUAGGCCCAACUCCGGAUGCCCGGGCCCACACCGUUUCCACCAUGCUUGAUCCUCUUUCCUCACAGGCGUGCAACGUGCAUCUACUCAUACUUAUAUUGGACCUUGUUCUAGUGACCGUAUUCCCUGAGAUGAGCGUCAAGGAGAAUAUUGUACCAAGUACGAAUGCGAGCGAGGUAGAUGGUUAUGGUCAUGACAGGGGUGGAAUGACGCCUCCCACACCAGGCUCCACGUCACUCUGACUUUGACGAUGAAUGUUGGGAAUGUCUAUACCACUUUGGAUUUGGGGGUAUCAUUAUGGAUUAUGGUAAUGCGGAUCCAGGACGCGUGUGCUAUAUACUCUGAUGAACCAGUACGACCAUAUUAUACGAGAUGCAUUGACGGAUACCGAAUUGACUUUCUGAUUCACAGCAGCAGCAAUAUUAAGGGGAUCUUUGAAAAAAGGGAACUGGUAAUCGCAUACGGAGGAUGAUACCAAGAAUACCAAGGAUAACGCAUGAACGUGCACAGGCAAUACGGAAUAAACACCCCUUAUCUUACAUCUUCUCAUUCCCAAGCGUCCAUCCACAAAGCGCAGCAAAGCCUACAGAACCUUCCGUCAAGGCGCCUACAGCUUGAAGGGGGUCCUGGGGUAUUCGACUUUGGCCGAGGCAUCUGCGUCUGUGAACCAGUAGACCUGACCAGGGCUAAUUGGGCGCACGCGUGACGGUGGAAGCCCCUGCUCAGGCUUAUCCAACACCGUCUUAAUGAUGUCAACUUUACUCGGCCCAUAAACAACGAAAGCCACACGGGCUGCGUGAUUGAUAACAGGGAACGUCAGCGUGACGCGCUUCGGUGGGGGUUUGGGGCUAUCGGUGAUAUAUGCAACCCAUCGAUCCUCCUCUGAGAGGAGUUCGUGACCGGGGAAGAGAGAUGCAGUGUGACCGUCAGGGCCGACACCGAGGAGGAUGAGGUCAAAGACGGGGAAACGUGCAGCGUCUUUUUGGGCGAAUUCGCGGAUAAGUUCUUUCUCGUAUGCAUCUGCGAGCUCUUCGAUGUCGUCGGCGAGGGAAUAAUCGAUGGUGUGAAUAUUUUGUCGAGGAAUGGGGACUUUGCUUAAGAGCUCAUCGUUGCAAAGUCGGUGAUUUGAGUCUUCAUGAUCGAGAGGAACAACACGCUCGUCGGCGUAGAAGACUUGCCUAAGAUAAAGACAAGGAUUAGCGUUAAGAUACGUGAAUAAGAGUACGCAUGACUGACCACUUUUCCCACUUC